AUGAUGGAUCGAUUAAUUGGCCACAUGUCUUUCCUUCCUUCCUCAGAUUCACUAUGCUUGGGCUGGUUCAUCUGUCUUGCUAUCUUCGGCCUUGCACAUUAUACCAACCCUUCGGAAAAAUCUUUCAAGCGCUUCCUGGAUCAGCUCCCAAUUUCUACCCAACAGAACUCUCUCCAGCAGAUCGACAACUGCCACAACCACCAAAAUCCUACUUCCCCUGUCAGGGCCAAGAAUAAAACCCAACAGAACACUCCAAAACAGAGCCCAGGCCAGCGGAAUUCGAAAAAUCUGUCUAGUCGAACCCCGUUAACUUCUGCCUCCAAACUAUCAUUUUCUUUGCGCACGUCCCAUUACAACCGGCACAACCUCUUGCUCUGUACACUCAUCUCGAUCGAUCACUCUCAACACUCAGUCUAUAAUAUUUCCUCCAACCCGCUCGCUGCAGACGGCUACCCACAACUGGAAUGGUUUCUGGGAUGCUUUGAUACCUGGUUCUCCCUCCAACGCCACAUCUCACCUGCUCUACAUUCACUCUCGAUCGUCUCAUCUUUUCAAUCUUUGAAAUUGUUAUGGAAUCAAUGGGCACUCAAAAUUCCAGGCACUGCUCUCUUCCCGCCCCCUCCGACGGAUGAGCUCUUCUCUUCUCUCCAAGAUCUUCCCGCUCUCGUCAAGGAAAGAAAGAAAAAGCCUCACCGGACACCAAAACUGAAUACUCUAUCCCAGACCUCUGCCCAUUUAGAUCAUUUUACGGAAUGCUCACCUUCACAAGACUCUUUCACCUCGAGCUCCUCAGGAUCUGAGCACGAUUGUUAUACCAAUCAAGUUUCAGCACCUUCUUCUCCUCGUACCCCUGCGAGAGUGUCUACUACACCAUGUCCAACCACAGGCGUACCCCCGGGCAACGUAAGACAACAUGCCAGAUCAUCAAACCGCAUCACCCCAACCGACGAAAUGGUAGUAUCAUUGACGCUCAACACUAAACUUAUCCCUGAUAUUUCCGGCCCAAAAAAUACCCCUGCAUGUGUCAAUAUGCUUGCAAGCUCAGAGCCGACAUCAUCAUCAAAUCAUCUACCUGCUGAAUCAUCUCAGACACUGCCCUAUCAUACAUAUUCAAAAGAAGACUUGGGUCAAGGUCUUGGAAGUGAUUCACCCAAACUAUCAUCGGAGCGCUUUCAACAGCGAGCCGAAAAUGACCUCAAGCCUUUGUCUCACGAUCUGGAAAAUCAACUCAAAGAACUCGACUACAAACGCAGUCAGGAGGACCUCAACAAGAUCCAUUAUCAAUCAAGCCUCAAGCAUCUGAGUGAGAUAAAGGAUCUGAAGGAGUUUAAACAAAGAAAUCUAGAUGAAAAGCUCAAGCAAUCCAAAUCGGCCCAUAGUAAACUUGCUAAGCAAUCUGCUAAGGUACAAGAAGAUCUAGCAGCCAUCCAGAACAAAGUGACCUCGAUUCAAUCCAAGUUUACAAAGGAUGCCCAACAGAUCAAGAAGGAAGGAGAAAGACUGAAGACUGCAAUCAGACACAGCAAGACCGAGCUAGACCAGCUCUCCAAAGCUAAUGAAGUCAAAACGGCCAAGAAGAAAGACUUGAAGGAAAAACUGGCCACCCGUCAGGCCGAGCUGAGCCAGAAACGUGAACUGAGCAAGCGGAAUAGUCCGGACAGCACACUUGACCAAGCAUCUGCCGCAGACCGGAACCCGAUCCUCCUCCAAGACUCAGAGGCUCGAAAAUCCGUGCCGGUGCGUCCACACCCUUCCCAGUGUUCCACACCACCUCCAACUCUCCUGAGUGAAGUCGAAAACCUUGCGAGCAAACCUUCGAAGAGUUCGGCUACUACCACUUCCAGCUCAAUGUGGCCACCACCCCAAGAUUCUUUCACACCUCAAUCCGAUAAUAAUGCGGUAGUCCCGAUGUUGUUUCAUGACUUCACCCAUAACAAUCACAUUCUUGACGAUGCGUGGGCCCCAGAUCCUUGGUCAGAAACCCUCCAACAGAAUAAAAUCCGUGAAACCUUCAUCAGCUUGCCCAACCUGGAGCGAAGUGCCCUGAAAGAUCACCUUCCAGUCAUUCGAGCGCUAGAUACGUUUCCCCCUCAUCCUCCACUUCCUCCGUCUCCACUGACAGAGGAGUUUUUCAACUACCGUCAAGAAGUUCUGCCUCCCACUAUCGCCCACACUUCUGAGUGGACUCGGCCAGUCUCCAGCCAGGCUCCAUCGCCCUUCGGUGCUAUUGGCCAACAAGGAUCGCCUCCUCGCGUUUCUCCCGUCGUUCACCCAUCACCUUUCCGCUUCCCUGACUCUUCCGCUCCCAUGCCUUCCCUGAUUUGCAGCGGACUAUUGGUCGGCACUGGCGGCAAAAGGCAAGAGAACUUCUCUAGAACUAGUAGCUCGAGCUCCCUAUCUCAAAUGCCAGGAUAUUGCUCGAUCCGAUCCUCGCCUGCCUCACCCUACCCUCCCAUUGGAACCCCUUCCCAUUCAAUCCACAAGAGACUCAAUGAGCUUCAAGAGAGCUCAGGCGAAUCAAUUGAGGAUUGCACAUUUGGUGGAUCUCAUCAUGAGGCGAACAGUGCGGAAGUUGAUUUUGUUCACGGCGGCGUACUGAGCCUGAACACCAGUUCAAGACGUCUGAAGUCAUCUAAUAUUCCCACUAUUGGACUGGCGGGGCGAGAGACUGGUGAAGGAAUCUUCCCGACUGAGACGAUUGCGGAGGAAGGGCCUUCGAGCUUCAGGAAACACCACAGCACCCAAAGCUUGGGUGGCAAUUCUCCACCUGAAGGCAGCGGCCUCAACUCCAUCUUUGAUGUCGCUCCGGAGACUGUCUGGCCUCCGACAGCCCAUUCACAGAGGCCACCCGCCACCGGUACGACGCUCAAUCCGUCUGCCAAAGCGUUCACCUUUUCUGCCGCUAGACCCCCCUCUGUCGCUCGCCCCUGCCCAACGUCCUCCGCCGGCCCGCAACGAGCUCGCGGGUACAGCCAGUCCACUAUCCCCUCCUCUGGCCCCUGCUCGAUAAGGCAAUCGGGCCAUGAGACGAAAGCCGAGUCGGCCGAGCAGGCCAAACUGCGGAAGUCGCUCCAUCGCAGCUCUUGGUCAGUCGUUGUUGGCCUCAAAGCCACGGCGGCGGGUCCUUCUCGAGAUUCGAGCGUGACGAGAGAGACAACCAGCUUGAGGCCUAAGGAGAAAGGCCGCAUCAGCGAGUCUCCUCGGGGACGUGUGAAUUCGGAGAAGAGCGUCUCCUCCGGGACACAUGAGAACACGGACAGCUCAGGCAGCAAGUCGUUGGGUGCCCCGAAACUGACCGGGUCACCCUCCGAGCUGGCGUCUGCCUCUUCGCCGGGCCACGCCCUCCCGGCCGAGUUCACCAAGGCGGCAUGUGCGGGCCUCUUCGGGCCGAUCGGCGACUCCAAGUCCAAGAAGUCCCCUUCCACCCAGUCGUCUCCUUCCAUCCCACCCCUCGUCACAAGCCUCUCGGAUUCCCCUUCCCUACAGCCGUUUGUCUCCCAUCGUGCGGGCUGGAACGGCGCUCAGAUCUUGAACUCUCUAGGCAAAGCUGAUGGGCUUUAA